UUGGAAGCUUAGGACUUGGUGCUUCUGAAUGUUAGGAACUGAAAAUGUCCCUAGAUGAUGAAGUACCUGAAGAUGAAUCGGAUUCAGUUUCUUCAAACAAUGAAGUCAAGCUACUUUCUCAAAUAAGAGAAUGUAACCACAUUCCUAUUAGAUAUAAACUAUGGAAGAUUUGGACUUGGUGAAAAGUAAACAAGAAACCUUUCCAUCUUCUAUAGAAUCUGAUGUCAGAAAUACUCACAAUUCUGUUGGAUAUAGCUUUAAUACUAACAGAAGCCGAAACAGUCUCUUCCUAAGUGCAAAUGGGUUGUCCUCUCUCUCAGCCAAGACUAAGAUCCCUGUAAUUCAAAGUUCAGUUGAAGUCCUAACCUCUUUUAUGCAAGAUCUACAAAACUGUGGCGAGGAGGAUUCUGAAAUUUGGAGAAAGUGUGAGGCUAAGUGGUUACAGCUCUUCAGUUUGGUGGAAGCACAGCGAGAACAGCAGAUCGUUGCACAGCAAGAACAGUUCAGUAACCAACUCAAACUUAUUGAGGAAGAGAUAAGAAAUUUAGUUAAGUUACAGAAGAGUAAAGCUCCAUGGCCUUCCAGUAGCAGACAUUCCCCUGACAAACUGACAAGCAAUUUUUCUACAGUAGAAAGUCAAAUGGGGUUGUGUUCUGAAAACUGUGAAAGAAAUGAGUACGUUGCCAACUAUUCUAAACUUAAAGAAACUGAAAUUCGGCCAAACACAUUUUCUUCACAUCAAGACACCAUUAUGGAUAAUAUUUCAAUGAAUAAUGGUGGAUAUAGUAAUUUUUUUAUCUCAGAACGAAAUCCUUACAAACCUAAAGACUCAAAAGAAUUCAAGGAGCACAAAGACAUUUCCAAAGGCAAACAUAUAAUCCCUAUGCCCCAGAAGGAUUCGUUUGUAAGCGAUAUCAAGAACAAGAGCCUAUGUAGCCAAGCUACAAAAGAGUAUGACUCAGCACUCAAAGAGGACGUUUCUAUUUUUCCUGGUGAAUAUGAACAUAAUUUUACCAGUGAAGAUAAGAUUUCUGAAGCACAUUGUGGAAAAUCAAACAACAAAUCUUUAACAUCAUGGGCACAAAAAUUGAAACAAAAUCAACCAAAGAGAGUACAUAUUGAAGAGGGAUAUAUCACAUCUCCUCAAGGAAGUGAACAAAGGAAAAAAUCAACAAUUGAGGAUUCUGACUUCAAUGCUGCUACAUAUCCUCAUGCUUUUUACCUUAAUAAACCAAAUGAAAACCCAAGUUCUUGGGUAUCUGAAGGAACAGGAAUGAAUUAUUGGAAACUACAAGAAAAGAACAUAUAUGACUCUUUGCCUGAAUCUUUGGAAAAAUCAUUUUUAAAUAUCAACUCCACAAAAGUGUUACCAAACCAGCCUAAUUCUGCUAAUGAGAUGAAGCUGCCAUCACUAAAGGAUAUUUAUCAUACAAAUCAAAGAAAAAAUAAGCAGUUAUCUGAAUGGACUCUUGCAACUACUUCUAAUCCCAGUCACCCACCAGAGGUAUUGACUUUAGAUCCAGCCCUACACAGGAAGCCAAAUCAACAGAUUUCAGGGAUUCAAUCAAAUAACUUUCGAUGUAAUCUUGACAGAUUGUCCUUCUUGCCAGAGUCCCUGUUAGAACCUAGUACUUCUAGUCACUCUGACAUAGACUCAUUUUCCCAAAUAAGUAAUCUCACCUCUUCUCAGUUAGAUAGAUCUCCCAAAUAUCCUUCAAAUAUUAAAACUUUACCUAUAGACUCUUGGCAAAGUCAUGCACUCCAGAAUGAAAAUAGGAUUAGCUCUUCUUUUCCAUUAGCACAUACUGUUGCUAGUAAUGAAAUUUCAUUCAACACUGAAGAUGAAGAAAACAAUUCAACCACCGUCACUAAUUCCCGACUUGCAAGUGUAGACAACAUUUUGCCAGAUGGCAGUGUUUCAAUGUCUUGCAUGGAAGACCCAGUAGCAUUAUCCAAAAUGAGGCAAAACCUGAGGGAGAAGCAUGCUCGACAUGUAGCUGAUCUCCGGGCUUAUUAUGACUCAGAGAUACAUAACCUGAAGCAACAAUUAGAGAUAAAUGAAGCAUCUUCAUAUGGCGAUUUGAAGAAAACCAACCAGAGUCUUGCAGACAGAUGUGACCAAUUAGGUGGUGCUCUGAAUGAGGCCAAUGCUCAUAUGAAAAUACUGGAGAACAAAAAUAAUUUGCUGGAAUUGGAAGUGAAUGAUUUGAGAGAACACCUCAAUGCAUCCAGUAAUGCUUCCAAAAUUUUGCAGGAACGUAUUGAGGAAAUGCGAGCGAGUAAUAAAGAAAAAGAUAACACCAUCAGUCGACUCAAAUCCCGACUAAAGGAUCUAGAAGAAGCAUUUGAUAAGGCUUACAAACUCUCAGAUGAUAAAGAUGCUAGAAUAAAACAAGAAAACAAAAUGUUUCAAGCUCUUCUAGGAGAAUAUCAGUCCCUUGGAAAACAACAUGAAAGAGUAAAGGAUACAUUAAAUACAACUGAGAACAAAUUGCUUGAUGCAAAUAAUCAGAUUUCUGAUUUGAAAAGAACAAUUUCAAAACUUGAAGCCCAGAUCAAGCAAGUAGAACAUGAAAAUAUGUCAAAACUCCGUAGUAAUACCAAAAAUCAAAUGCCAACAUCCCUUAACAGCACAGUAACAGCUUCCGAUGUUAGCAGGCGGAAGUGGUUGAUACCAGGAGCAGAAUAUUCCAUCUUUACUGGCCAGCCUUUAGAUGGUCAAGAUAAUUUGGUCCAUAACCAGCUUGGGGAAUCCUAUGCUCUUAGGUACCAUACUCCUCCUGAAAAGGACUGUCCACUCAAUGACUCACCAACGAGUUUAAAAGAAAGGUCGGCUUCGGAUCCGUCAAGCAUCAAAAGUUACAAAAAUCAUGAAGAAGGAAAAAUACUUAAAAAUUGGGGCACACAAACUGAUAAUGAGGACAUGUCAAAUAAAACAUCAAGUCGCCGUCAAACUGUAGGAUUUGCUCCUGAUACCGCUUUCAGUAGAAAUCGGUCCCUAGAAAAAGGUUGUCAUCAGAGAUCAAGGAAAUAUCAUUGUUCAUCUUCACAGAGAUCAUCAUCUCUUCCACCUUCAAACCGAAAAUCAAAUACUUUAACUAAAAGAGAUAUUAUGCUAACACCAGUGAUGAUGGCAUACAGUCCAAAGAGAUCCCCUAAAGAGAAUUUCUCGCAAGGAUUUAGCCAUCUACGUAGCAAAGAUGAUAGUUCAAAUCGUAGAUUUGACAUACUUAUGGACGAUUUAGAUACAGUUCCUGUAUCAACAAUGCCGCUUAACAAGUGUAGGAAACAACUCCAGUUUCUCUCUGUAGAUGAUAUGGAAGAAAGUAAACAUCCAAACAUUUCUACAACUGAUCACCAUAUUAAACAUAAUUCUUGCAUUUCUGAACAAUCCAUGCCAAAUGGAAUGCAGAAUAUACCUUUGGCCUCAAGCUUGGAAAAGAAUAAGUCACCUUAUGAGUCCUGUAAAACCAAAUCAACAUCAACAUCUUAUAAUAAUGAUUUUGAAUAUUUGGCACAUGUGAGGACCCUCAGUGAAACAGAACAGCUUUUUGAUGAACUUACAAAAGAAAAGCAACAGAUAGAAGCUGCCCUGAGUCGAAUGCCCACUGCUGGAGGAAGAAUGACCUUGCAAACAAGAUUGAGCCAGGAGGCCCUUGAAGAUCGUUUGGAAAGGAUUAAUCGAGAAUUGGGUCCAAUUCGCAUGACACUGAAGAGAUUUCAUGUUUUGCACUCCUCUGCAAAUCUCUGAGAUUUGUAGCUAUUAAAUUUUGAGACAUUUUUCUUUGCACUAAUGUAUAAUUAUGCACUCAAAAAAUGCAAAUCACUUUAUACUGUUUGUAAAUCCUCAAUGGUAGAUUUAAAAUCAUGCUAUUUACACUUAAUAUUUUAUACUUCAAGUAGCCAACAUAUAUUUUAAAGAUAUUUUUGUUAUGCUCAGGAAUCUCUUAAUUGUAUAUUUUACUAUUUAAAAAAGUCUUAUUUUUAAAUGGUGUAUGUCUCCAAUUUAUAAGGAUAAGGAAGUAUAAAUAGGGAAAGUUUUUGUUUUCUAAAAACAAAGUGUUAUCCUUUUAAAAUUAACUUUGCACACCAUUUUUUAUAGACAUAUUGUAAAUAUGAACUUUGGCAUUUUUUGGUGUAAGUAUUCAGCAGCACCAAGCUUUUUAUAGUGUCAGAACAAUUGAGGUUCAAUGCAAAAAAGGAUUUCAGUGUAACAUUGUGUUUAGUUUAAAAUUUUUGAUGCAAGUUCUAUUUCCAAUCCGGGUAUGAGAAAAUAAUCAGCUACUUAUCUGUUGGUAGAGUAGAAAAUAAGUAGUUUCAAAAAUGAAUAACAUAAGAAUAAUGAUCAUUUUCCCACUUUGAAAUAUAUUCUUUGUGAAGAAGUAAUGAGAGGGAUUUAAUUCUUUAUUUUGUUACAUAGCAGUGCUUGCAGAUUAUAAAGAUUAUUUAUGACAGAGAAGAAACUUGGGCCUUUGUAAAUACCUAGUAUUGACAUAGACUGUCCUUUGUUUUAGUGAUGUACUUAGGAUUCCUUUGUUAGUGGGAGCCUUUCCUGGCUCCCUCUAUUCCAUUUGGAAAUGUGCUCUGUGUGUGUAUCACACCUGAAAAUUUCUUGCCACAGCUUGAAAGGGAUUAACAAAAUGAUUCUUAUGGUGGUGAUUUUUUAAUCGGUCAGCUGUUAGUUAGCAGAGAGUGGUGGCAAGUAACAGCCCUAUAGGUGACCCUGCUUCCAUAUAACAGGCUCUGGUCUCGACUGGGCCUUCACUCACAGCCAUCAUCCUCAUUGCUUGGCACACGACAGGUCAAGUGUGUAGACAAAGCUUAGUGUCUUCCCAUCUGUUCUGAGAGAGGGCACCAACUGACUCUGGCAAAACGUGGCUGUCAGCAGUAGUAGCAGAUAAGUGAGAGCCAUUGCUGUUGGGGCAAUAAUCAGUUAAGGCCUAAUGAUACCAUUAAACUCUGCACUUUCAUGAGCACCCAAGUUUCAGAAUUAAUUUAUAGUCCUACCGGAAAUUUUAGGUUUUAUAUUUUCUUUUGCCUUUUUUUUUUCCUCAUGUAGUAAUUUGACAACAAAGAGUUCUAAGCUACUGUGGAGAAUUUCUGUCCUGGGAUUAGAGUGGUACCUAUCUGUUGCCAUUUUUGCCGUAUCAGUGGCUUUCUUUCACUACACUUCCUUCCCCUUGCCCCCAACAAGAUAUUUGGGAGACACAAAUUGGAAAUCACUCCCUAUCAGUAGGGAUCAGUGCCUUUAUUUUUGUGAUGUUUUCUUUAUUCAGGGUUCUUUUACCUCAUAAGAUGAGAUAAAGGAAAGGAAAAGAUCAUCUCAUCAUAUAAAAUCUAGUGAAAGGAUUGGCCUUACUAUUGAUAUCUCCAAUCUAUAAUAUUUUUAAAAGAUUGAUCCUCUGGAAAUUAUAAUGCAUUCAUCUACCUUUUAAAGAAGAAAAUUAACAUAGAUAAUUAUGGCUUUUAUCUUGUCUAGUAUUUAUAUCCUAAGUAGCCAAUAUUGGAUUAUUCAAAAAAAAUGGUACUAAAAUUCUCCAGUAAAUAUACUUCACUACAUUUGUCUCCAGGAAAAGAAUAGUUUUGAAUAGUGUAACUAACCAGUUACAACAAGUAACAGUUUGUACUUGUUUUUAUGCAACAAAGAAAAAAAUGAAGAUUAAAGAAUAUCCACCUUUGGUGACUGAUUUUUUCAAUGUGACGGUUACCUCCUAUAACAUAGAUCAAACCACAUCUAGAUAAUAUAGUACCUCCAAAAAUGUAUCAGGGAGCUCUCCACACAACCCACAGGUGCUUUUCUCUUGAGUCUCUUCAUAUUCUGUAAUAUUGGCGAAGCAGGUGGGCUAACAUUUGUUAGCUCUAACUCUUGCUACAUGACUUGACCAUGAUUGCAUUUCCUAUCACAAAUCUCUUUGAUGAAGUCUUUUAUGUUGCUGCUUGUGAAUAGUGUCUCGUUGUUAACAUAUUAAUGUCAGUGAUACAUCUAUUCAUUGCUUUUUGGGUAAUUUGCAUUUUCUAAUUCAUGGGAUUAUAGAUUUAGCUCUGGAAGGGACCUUUAGGUCGGUUGUCCAAAGCUGGAAUUUUAUAGAUGAGGAAACAGAGACCCAAAGAAGUUAAAUAGUUUGGCCAAGGUCUCACAGGUAAUAAGUGAACCCAGGUCAGCUCUAUCCAAAUUUUCUUCUGUUUUCAGUUCUCUUUGAAAGACUUGAGAAUCAGUCCUUCUGUGAUCUGUCUUUUUAUCUGUGAGUGCCAAUCCUACUUUCUCAUGUAUCUGAUAUUUGGAACUUUAAUCUUUUGUGUAUCUGAUAUUUGGAACUUUCAUGUCCAGCGCCUUUCAACUUUCUCUCUUCCUUCCUGAAGAAAGUAUUCCAUUAUACAAGGCUUCUUAGAGAAGUAGCUUUUGCUGCUUAAUCCUAUGCUAUAGUUUCUUUAAAAUGUUUUGGGAACGGUGAUGUUGGAAUACUAAUAUGGUAGUUCCAAUAUUAAUAGAAAAAAGAAAUU